UCAAAAGUCAAAAUUUCACCUGCCAUUGACCAGCCUGGGAAACGUGGUCAGAUAUUCACGGAAACCCACGCUCCAGUUUUCAACGCCGCGCAGAGAGUAGAAACUACAGAAAGUUUUGGAAAAGCGAUGUGUAUUCUGUAGAGAGAGAGAGAGAAGAUAAUCGGAAGAGAUAAUGCGAAGCAUAUUAUCGCGCAGUUGAUUUUGUGAUUCGGACCGACCUCGUUUUCCACUGCAACUACUCCUGUUGUGCCGCAGGGAAGAAGGUGGAAUCUGGGUUUGGCUGGGAUUCGGGGGGGUUGGAGGCAUGGGUAACCGAUUUAUAUGCAUGACGAAGAAGGAUUCCCGGGAGAAUGGACGGAGCAAUAGCUUAGUCGGGUCGCGGAGCAAGCGGGUGGAGAGAUCGAAGCGGAGGUCGGUUAUGGAGGAAGAGCUGCUCCACAGGCAAGCCCUGUCUAUGGCAAUUCAGCAGCACCAGUUAUCCCAGAGAUUCGAAGGCUCUAUGUCCCGCCGGAUUGGAUCCACCAGCUCUCGCCGCCGCAACGAUCUAUCCGAGUCUUUUCCUGCUUCCAACAAGCAGUUGCCAGAAUUUUUGGAGAACAUAAAAACAAAGAGGGUUGUUUUGAUACACGGAGAAGGAUUUGGAGCAUGGUGUUGGUAUAAAACUAUUGCUUUAUUGGAGGAGUCGGGAUUGCUUCCUAUUAGUUUUGACCUUAAAGGAUCUGGCAUUGAUCAGACCGAUACAAACAAUGUUACAACAUUGGAAGAAUACUCAACACCAUUGCUUGAUUAUCUCAAAAACUUACCAGAGGAUGAAAAGGUGAUUUUGGUUGGUCAUAGUGCUGGAGGUGCUUGUGUUUCCUAUGCCUUGGAGCAUUUGCCGCAAAAGAUUGCAAAAGCAGUCUUCCUUUGUGGUACAAUGGUGUCUGAUGGGCAGAGACCUUUUGAUGUGUUUGCUGAAGAGCUUGGGUCUGCAGAACUUUUCAUGCAAGAAUCCAAGUUUCUAAUCCAUGGUAAUGGUAAAGAUAAGCCAGCUACUGGGUUCAUGUUUGAGAAGGAGCAGAUGGCUGGGUUAUAUUUCAAUCAAUCUCCGACAAAGGAUAUUGCUUUGGCAAAGGUUUCAAUGAGACCAAUCCCUCUUGGUCCAAUGAUGGAGAAGCUGUGUUUGACCCCCGAAAACUAUGGAACCAGUCGGAGAUUCUAUGUCCAAACAUUGGAUGAUCACGCUCUUUCUCCCGAUGUCCAAGAAAAGCUGGUCAGGGAAAACCCUCCAGAAGGAGUCUUCAAGAUCAAAGGCAGCGAUCAUUGCCCGUUCUUCUCAAAGCCACAAUCGUUGCAUAAAAUUUUACUUGAAAUUGCUCAGAUUCAGUAGUACCUGAUGAUUUCUUCACAAGAAUACAUGAAAUUGCUUGGGUUCAGUAGGAUUUGAUAACUUCAGAAGAAAUACUGAUUCUUUUCCAUACAGAUAAAUAGCUUCAUGUAUGUACUUGUACCUCUUGUAAUCCUGUACAAUUAUUAUACAACCCUGUUUGAUGGUAUAUUAGAAUUAGGAAAAUGGGUCAUGCUUCCUAGUUGUGUA